AUGGCAGAGAGCAUCACAUCUUCACAAUCGUUUAAUUCAUUAAACACGCAACCUCCGAUCCCAUUAACAAAUCAACGAGAUUCUGAUGACGAUAAAAAAUAUGACCCAGAUUAUAUACCUAAUCAAGACGGAACUUACUACUUAAAAGGAACUCUAUCACAUACUACCACACGUGAACUCCAUUCUGAUGAUUCUUCCAUAGAUACUUCACUUGAUGGAGAAUUGUCAACACCAGAUGAAGAAGCACAAGAACAUACCCCUCCUCAUUCCAUGCUAUCGUAUUGGAACAAGUGGGGGAUGGUAGCUGUAUUAACCAUGUGUGGAUUCUGGUCAUCACUAGGUUCACCUAUUUAUUAUCCUGCUUUAAAGCAAUUAGAGAAGAAAUUUAACGUGGAUGAAAACCUAGUCAAUGUCUCUGUGGUUGUCUAUUUAAUCUUUCAAGGGUUUGCUCCUGCUGUCAGUGGUGGGCUAGCUGAUAUUUAUGGUCGUAGACCAGUAAUCCUUUUUGGUAUGCUAGUGUAUGUAGUUGCAUCAAUUGGUAUUGCCGCCUGUAAUUCAUACGGUGUGAUUAUUUUCCUAAGAUGCCUGCAGAGUACUGGUAUUUCUCCAUUGAUCGCCAUUAGUUCUGGUGCGGUUGGUGAUUUCACUGUCAAAGCUGAAAGAGGUACUUUUGUAGGUGCUGUAUCAGGGCUAGUAUUAAUGGGCCAAGCCUUCGGGUCUUUGAUUGGUGCAGCUUUGGCUGCAGCUUAUAAUUGGAGAGCUAUCUUUUGGUUUUUAGCUAUUGGUUGUGGUGCAUGUAUGGCCAUUGCAGGUAUUGUCUUACCAGAAACUAAGAGAACUCUUGUCGGUAAUUUAUCCGUUACACCAAAGAGAAUUAUUAAUAGAGCUCCAAUCUUAUAUUUAAAACCUGUCAAGAAGAGAUUCAAGUUAGAUAGCCCAGAUUACAAUACUAUCGAUCCAAAUAUUCCUAAACUAGAUUUAACAUCUGCCAUUAAAAUCACUGCUCAAUUGGAAAUUUUCUUGUCUUUAUUUCCAGGUGGACUACAAUUUGCAUUAUGGACAUUAAUGUUAACAUCCAUUUCAGGGCAGUUAAGUGCAGCACCUUACAAUUAUAAAUUAAUUAUCGUGGGUCUUUGCUAUUUACCAGGUGGUAUUGGUGGGUUACUAGGUUCUCUUUUAACUGGUAGAAUUAUUGAUGUAUUCUACAAAAAAUCUUUGAAAAAAUUUGAAGAUGAUAAAGCUGCUGGAUUAAUCCCACAAGAGGAAGAAUUUAAUAUUUUUAGAGCUCGUUUAAUUGCUGCUCUCCCACAAAAUUUCUUGGCUGUUAUUUCCUUCUUACUUUUCGGCUGGUCUGUUGAUAAAAAAUGGAACAUCGCUGCAGUUUGUGUUACUUCAUUUGUUAGUUCUUAUUGUGCGAUGUCUACCUUAUCCACUUCUAGUACUUUAUUAGUCGAUCUGUACCCAGGGAAAUCUUCCACUGCCACAAGUUGUUUCAAUUUAAUUCGUUGCAGUUUAAGUGCUUUAUUUAUGGGUUGCUUUGCUGACAUGAAGGAAGCUAUGACUAUUGGAGGUGUAUUCAGUUUCUUAUGUGGUUUAAUUUUACUGGGUAACUUUUUAGUGUUUAUCCCAAUGAAAUACGGUACAAAAUGGAGGCGUGAAAGACUAAAUAAAGCAGAAGCAAAAAGAUUGGAAAAAUUGAGAAAAAAUGGUGAUUUAGAAUCAAUCCAAGAUUAUUCAAAUCUAAAAGAAAAUAUGGAAUCAAAUCAACUCUCAGAUAUAACGAGCAAUACUUCAAAUCAAACUAUCACAGAACGAGAAAGCAUCACUAGCCUAAAAAAAUAA